CGUGUGCAGUCACACUCUACCUCUCUUCCUGACCAGCGGCUGAGCGAUGGACUUCGGCGGGUCAAUGGAGGUGGCGGCGCUCGGUCGGCCUUUCUGCCUGGGGAUGCUGUACGACUGUCGCAGAGAUUUACUAGUGCCCGGAAUGACAUUGUGGGACCACGAUGACCUGAAAAACCAUAUUGGAGAAAGACCCCAGAACUAUAAUGAUUUUGAGAUAGUUGCAUCUGAAUCAAUUGAUGAUAAAUCUUCAGCACUAAAUGUUGAAGCAUCACUGAAGGCCAGUGUCUUAAGUGGACUGGUUGAGCUGGAGGGAUCGGCCAAAUACCUGAAUGAUCAUAAGACAUCCAGAAAUCAGGCCAGAGUAACACUGAAGUACAAGGCUAACACAAAUGUCCAGGAACUGUCCAUGAACCAUCUCGGAAGAGGCAACGUGAAACAUCCGUAUGUUUUUGAGAAAGGAAUAGCAACACAUGUAGUCACAGCUAUUCUUUAUGGAGCACAAGCCUUCUUUGUGUUUGAUCGUGAGAUGUCAGAAUUUGAAGAUCAUCAGAACGUUCAAGGCAACUUGAAAGUGAUGAUCAAGAAGAUCCCAAGCAUCGUUAUAGAGGGUGAAGGUUCCCUGAAACUGAAUGCCCAGGACAGCGCAAAUGUGGAGAAAUUCUCCUGCAAGUUCCACGGAGACUUUUCCCUUCAGAAAGCUCCAACAUCCUUUCAGGAUGCCGUACAGGUCUAUCAAAGCCUGCCAAAGAUGCUGGGAGCUAAUGGAGAAAAAGCAGUUCCAGUGAAAGUCUGGCUGUUGCCAUUGACAAUCUUAGAUUCUUCUGCUGCUCAACUUGUUCGUCAGAUAAGUAUAGGAUUAGUUCAGGAGGCACAGAAAGUCCUGGAGGACUUCAGUGAGCUGGAAAUGAGGUGCAACGAUGCAAUGAGAACAACAACAGCACAGCAGUUUCCUCAGAUUGGCAAAAAACUUACACGUUUUAAAGAAAUGUGCUCUGUGUUCAAACUAGAAUUCCAACAAACUUUAUCAGUGAAACUUCCAUCUAUACGAGGAGGAGGCGAAGAGGAGGCUGUGCUUGCAGAGAUACUGAUGAAGAGACAUUCAUCUCCGUUCAACAGCAAAAACCUGACUGAGUGGAUGGACUGUAAAGAGAGAGAAAUCUGCAUUUUAAAGUCUUUCACCAAGAUGAUGAAAAACACAAAGACCAUCUCAUCGCAGAAUGGUCUACAUGAGGAAAUUCUCAGUGCAGAGCAGGUCAUGUGUUUUGUUUUCACCUCACUGGGAAAUGCUGAGUCGUACCUCUCAGCUUUAUCAAAAUACUCAAAGGGAACCACAACACCUGACGACCCUCAAGAUCCACAUACCUAUGAUGUAGAGAAGGAGCAGUGGUACCUUUCAAACAAAGUUCCUUAUGAAAUGAGGAAAAAAGCAAAGCUCUUCAUUGAUUUUGCAGAGGCCAACAAGGAGAACAUGAACAUAAAGUUCCUCAUAGCGGGUUUGACAAAUGAGACACAAAAAGGUUCAAGCAUCUACCUUUAUGAUGAAGGCUCUUCUCUCAGUGAGAACUUUGAACCACCUUCAAAGCCUGAAACUGUGAAAGCAAGUGACAUAAACCACAACAGUGUGACACUGAAGAUCUCUCCAGCCAGAUUUGGAGCCGAGAACAUCACCUCCUACUCUGUUGAGUACUGUGUCCAUGGACAGGAUGGAUGGCAACAAAAGACGGCGUCAAAGGAUGGAGACGUCACAGCGAGCGACCUGAGUCCUAACACAGAGUAUGUGUUCAGAUGCAGAGCUGUCACCUCAGUAGGUGUUGGACCAGUCAACGAGGUCAGUGGAACCAUUAGAACUCUGCCCUGCAGCCCUCCUGGAAAACCUCGAGUUGAACCAAACUCAAGUGAGAUAACCGUUAGCUGGCAGAGACCUGCUGAGCUUGGACAAGAUGUCCAUGUUCUGAGCUACAUCGUGGAGUACACCCAAGCAGACAAUGUGGUGAAAGGAGAAGAUCUCCAGUGGAACCAAACAAUGUCAGGAGCUGAAAAGGUCCAACGAAGGACGGUGCCGACCAAGACACGACUGAUACCACCAAUGAAAAGGGAGAUGCCGAACAGGACCAAGAUGAGAAUGACGAAGACCAAGUAAACACUGAAGACCAGGACCAAGAUGAAGAUCAGGAGCUGGAUUCAAAUCAAAGCUUUGAGGACCCAGACCCUGACAUUGAUUCCAACAACGACCAGGACGAUUCUGAUGCCAACCAAGACCAAGACGUCGCUCACCCUGCGACAGAGA